AUGUCACCGACAACAGUCUCAGCCUCUCUUCUCUAUUUCACUCCUCCACCCAACGGUGAACGGCCGUACACAUAUAUCAAUGAAGUUGCUGGCAAACCUCGCACGAAUUGGAUCCCGACAGAACAUAUCGCUGAUAUCGAGGAUGUCAAAGCUAGUGGGAAGGAGAAGGAAUACACGCUCGAUAAGAACGGAUUUCAAUAUUACACUGAAGCCGCUAACCAUACCUCCUUCGCGAACGACGAAGAGGUGGAGAAGGAGUACUACCCGGAGAGUGUCGAGUUGAUCAAGAAGGUCACCGGUGCACGAAAGGUCGUCUUAUUUGAUCAUACCAUUCGCCGCCGUCGUCCAGGAGAAGUCGACUCUGGACCCACGAAGCGACAGCCUGUAGCCCAAGUGCACGUCGAUCAAACUUCAGAAUCCGCAGCGGCUCGCGUUAGACGACACCUACCACCCGAAGAAGCUGAAGUCAUUCUCAGAACUAAAUCUCGAUUCCAAAUCAUCAACCUCUGGAGGCCCAUAUCUAAUGUCGCCUUAGAUUGGCCCCUCGCGUUGUGUGAUUUCCAGAGUAUCGAUAGAAAGAGGGAUCUGGUACCGACAGCUUUGAUAUACCCUGAUAGGGAAGGCGAGACGUUUGGAGUCAAGUUUAGCGAAGAACAUCGAUGGAAGUAUAAGAAAGGGAUGACGCCGGAGGAUGUUGUGUUGAUCAAGUGCUAUGAUUCGAUUGAAGAUGGAAGUGUAGCAGUUUUGACUCCACACACGGCAUUCCAGGAUCCUACUACGCCCGAAGAUGCUCCUCAUAGAGAGUCGAUUGAACUUCGUGCGCUUGUAUUUUACUAG